GAAAAGAGAGAAAAAAGAGGUAUAUCUCUCUGCUAUCUCUCCAUCCCUGUAAUAAGUGAGGAACAGAUAAAAGAAACAGAUUAGUGAUGUGCAAUGAGGGGAGAAGUCUUCACCAAGGCCCGCCCACUUUCUUAGGGGAGGACCAGUCAAAUGGCAGGGGCCUUAGGUUGCCUACUGCACUCCUGAAGGUGGAAAAACUGAAUUUGACAGAGGGAGUAGAAGACCAGGAGAAAGAAGAAGCAGAAGGAAAAAGGAGAAACGAGGAGCGGGACAGAGAAGGCUAGGGAGGCUCGAGAGAGAAAAGUGUUUGAGAAGGAAGUAUAGUGCGAAGAGAGAAGGAAAGAAAGGGAAAGUAAAAAGAGCCGGUGAAAGGAAAGAAAAAGAGAGCAAGUGGUAGAAAAAGAGAGAGGCAGAGGAAUUAACAGGGAGGAAUGAAGUGUCCGCUUAUGUCAGUGAGUAAUUCCCUGUUGGAUAUGGAUGUGGCAAACUACUGUGAGGGUCUUGACCCAACAUACAGCACCCUGGGCUUUGAACACGAGGAUGUCUUCUACGGUGGUGGAGACAGUAUGCCUGCAGACCCGGGCUUGUCCCAAGCAGAUGUGGUCCACUCUAACUGUGCUAUCUGUGGAGACAAGGCUACAGGGAAACACUAUGGAGCCUCUAGCUGUGACGGAUGUAAAGGGUUCUUCCGACGUUCCAUACGCAAAAACCACGUCUACUCCUGCAGGUUUAGCCGCCAGUGUGUGGUGGACAAGGACAAGAGGAACCAGUGUCGGUUCUGCAGGCUCCACAAGUGCUUCAGAGCCGGCAUGAAAAAAGAAGCGGUUCAGAACGAGAGAGAUCGUAUCAGUUCCCGAAGAAGCAUCCAGGACAGUCAGGACCUCCCACCCAUCACUGUCCUGGCCCAGGCAGAGUCACUGUCUCAACAGAUGAGCGUGUCCAGUCCCAGUGGGGCAGUCGAUGUGUCAGAGCAGAAGUCGGCCGGUGUGAAUGAUGUCUGUGACUCCAUGAGACAACAGCUGCUGGUGUUGGUGGAAUGGGCAAAGUACAUUCCAGCGUUUGGAGAGCUGCCCCUGGAUGACCAGGUUAGUCUGCUCAGAGCUCACGCAGGGGAACACCUUUUACUCGGUGUCGCCAAGAGGUCAAUGCCAUAUAAGGACUUCUUGAUCCUUGGCAAUGGCUGUGUGAUCCAUCGCGGCUGCGCGGAGCAGUCGAUCGGCCGCGUAGCUAACCGUGUCCUCGACGAACUAGUUCUGCCGUUCCAGGAGAUCCAGAUAGAUGACAAUGAGUACGCCGCCCUCAAGGCCAUUGUCUUCUUUGACCCCGAUGCCAAGUCUCUGCGUGACCCGUCCAAGAUCAAGGCAAUGCGCCAGCAGGUGCAGAUGAGCCUGGAGGACUACAUCAACGACCGUCAGUAUGACUCCAGAGGGAGGUUUGGAGAGCUUCUCCUGCUGCUGCCCACCCUCCAGUCAAUCACCUGGCAGAUGAUUGAACAGCUCCAGUUCGUGAAGCUCUGCGGCCUGGCCAAGAUAGACAACCUGCUGCAGGAGAUGCUUCUGGGAGGCCUGGGGUCAGAACCCGCCCACCUGCAACACCCAGGCCACACCCAAUUAGCCCAGGACCCUCUGACUGGACACACCCUGGUCAUCAGCUCUAUGCCUGCUGCACACACCACUCAGAUAGCAGCAUCUCCAGACACUCCCAUCCCGUCUCCUCCGCAGGGUCCAGAGAUGUUCAAGUCCUCCUCUAGCCCUCCUCUGCUCCUGGCUCCGCCCCUCCCACACAGAAGCACCCCCGAGUCCCCUCUCUGAGUCUAUUCACCCCCCCCCAUACCCCCGUUAUCCGAAGCGGAAAGCCUCAUGCAUGGGAGAUUCAAUGCCCUAUGUGUUGAAUGUCUCCUGCCCUAGUCGGUGCAGCAGGUUCCCAGUGGUGACGAGUGUUCUUUAAUCUGUGUAAACUGUAGCAUAUUUCAAAAUCACUACUGUGUCCUCGUGACCUCGUUUAUCAUGGAAUAAGUGGGAGUGUGUUCAAGCUUUCCAUAUGCUCAUUAUAAGACGUCGUGUGAGAGGGUAGCUAAUCAUCAUGUACAUUACGUAAAAUAUGUCUCUCAGAGUUCACUUGGUCUGUUUCUGCAAUACAAGACUGUUUAUAUUCAUGUUCAUGUUGCUGUGUAGUGGUCUAAAAACUCUGUAUCUUUCAAAAAAUGUAUUAGCAUUACUUUAAAUUACUUAUUAACUACAUAUAGAUGUUUUUGAGAUUGCUGUCAUGACAUGAAGGGAACAUUUUUGAAAUGUCUGUGUAAAUGUAAUUGUUCCCGUACUGAUUUAACAAUAUUGAACUUUGUGUGAACCAGUUGGAUAAUGUAAGCUGUAUAUUGUGAUUAAACUGAACACCGCUUUAGCCUUA